CCCUACGCCUUCCCUGUACCAGGGAGGUGACGCAAGCCGGAGGAGGCGGAUACAAACCAACCGAGGGGCGCGGCGGGAUAAGGCGGUGCUCCCAAAAGUGGUGGUUUGUUGGCGGCAGUUACUUUAGUGUCCGUGGUAGUUUGAGUCUGUGGUGAGCAGCGAGUUAAUACUAGGCCGGGACUGCUUCGACAAGAAUAGGACCCCGAGGCCUAAGAAACAGGCCAAAAUUUUCCUUGGCCCGGGGUUCCGAAAGGCGGCCCUCCCAAAAUUGGCGGUUUGUUGGCGGCGGUUACUUUAGUGUCCGUGGUAGUUUGAGUCUGUGGCGAGCAGCGAGUUGAUACUAGGCCAGGGCUGCCUCGGCAGGAUUAGGACCCCGAGGCCUAAGAAACAGGCCAAACUUUUCCCUGGCCCGGGGUUCCCCGGCGUUCAGCGCUUCCCCCCAUAACCGGAUACCGAUUGUUUGGACUCUGCCUUCAACCCAGGUUCCCACUCCGCACCCUCCCAGCUCUCUUGCCCUCCGGCUGCUACGCUCUUUCCUCCCUGUCCCACGUCGGUGUGUCACCACUGGCACAGUUUUCGUUCCUUCAGAUUCUUACUUCUUUCCACUCGUCCCUAUUCCUUUACGAGGGCAAGCUUUUUUCCUUCCUUCUCCAGAAUCCUUAUUCUUGGCUCUCUGUUAGGCUACUUACUGCCUCCUCCAAGGCUUCUCUCCUAUUAAGGAGCCUGUGGCAUAUGUGUUAAGGGGCUGAGCUUCUAAGGAAGUCGUUUGAAGAUGUUAAGCUUUUCUUCUCUCCUAACCAGGAAUCUUAGGUGCCAGGAAGUAUGGCCCCCCUCAAGAAGCCUCGAAAUUCCACAAAGUUGCCCCUGGCUUUAAACCCCCUGAAGAGCAAGGACGUGUUGACAGUGCUGGCUGAGAGGAACCAGGCUGUAGUACCAGUUGGGGCAUGGGUGGAACCUGCCCCACCAGGUAGCACAGAAGUCCCAGCACAUACUUCAGCAUAUAUGAUUGAAGAAGAACUGAAGGAACAACUAAGAAAAAAACAAGAAGCUCUAAAGCAUUUUCAGAGACAAGUCAAACGCAGAGUAAAUCAACAAAUUAGGCUGAGGAAAAAGCAACAACUUCAGAGGUCUUAUGAAGCAGCAGAAAAAGAAGGUUCCAUAGCCAUGCACUCUUCAGCUCCAGCACAGUUAACUCCUAAAAGAACAAGCAUUUUUCUAAACACCUUGAAUGCUGCUAUUGGAAGUGCCAGGUUACCUCCUUCCCAGAUGCUUGAGGAUGGAAUAGAAGAUAGAGAGAAUCAGAACGAACUAUUCCAACAAGCCCAGGCUCUUAGUCAAACCAUGAAACAAGCACGUCACCGACUGGCGUCUUUUAAAACUGUGAAUGAAAAGAAUGCACCAGUGUUUCCAGAUGAUAGAAAGAAAAGCCUUGCCAACCAAGAGAAAGCAAUUUGUAGGAAACCAGCAUUUGCCAAAAUAAAUAUAGGGGUAAGAAGAGAAUUGCCCUUUGAGGUCCAGCAAGGUCUUUCAACUCCUGUACCUUACCAGAAAUUUAUGGAAGAUCAGGAACCUGACUCUGAGGAGUUUUCAUCUAUUUUGAUAGAUAAGAAAGGGAAAGAGAAUUUGUCUUGGGGAGACCAGCAGGAUCUCCUUUCUGAAGACAAGGAUAUACCUUUCAGCAGAGUGCAGAAAGUACACUUCAAAAAUCCAUUAUUUUCUGUGAUGGAAGAGGAAGAAGUAAAGCAGUUACGUCAGGGCGUUCUACCCCAAGCCCGGGAUUAUUUUCCUGAAGCACAAGGUGACCAGCUGCAAGCCCAGAGUGGUUUGACAGGUGUCCUCAGUGUUGAGCUGGAAGCCCAAAAGAUUGAGCCAAGGCUCAAUACCCAGGAUAAUGAGUUGGAAAGCCAAACCAUUGAGUUGAAAGCCCAGGCUGUUAAGAUAGAAACUCCAAAGAGUGUUAUGAUGAAAUCCCAGAGUAUUGAACUAGAAGAUGGGAAUAUUGUUUCAGAAGUUCAAGAUUUUCUACCCCAAAACCAGGCUUUUUUCCCUAAAGACCAGAAUAUUCUACUCAAAUGUCAAGACAAGGAUGUUCUUCCAAAAGAGCAGUAUGUAUUACCCAACAACCAGAAUAUUCUACCCAAAUAUCAGGACCAUCAUUUUUUAACUGAAGAUAAGAAUAUUCUACCCGGAUGUCAGGAGCAGAAUUUUCUGCUUGAAGACCAGAACAUUCUGCCCUCAUCUCAGGACCAGAAUUUUCUACCCAAUGGCCAGCAUGUUCUCUCCAAAGAGCAGGAUGUUCUACCUACAUGUCAGGACCAGAAUUUUCCACCCAGAGAUCAGAAGGUACGCUUUAAGGAGUCAUAUUGUGAUAUGACAGAGAAAGGGAGAGAAGACUUUUCUCUGGCAGGUUAUCAGUAUCUGACUCCUAAAUUUCAGGACCAGGUCAUCAUCAGAGAUCAGAACAAGUAUAUCAAGGAACUCUCAUCUUUUGAGAAAUGGGAGAUUGAAAGAGGAAUUGCUUCUGGAGUGCCAUGGAGCUUAUACUCUGGACAGCAGCCAUCUGAUAGAACAGCUGAAAGAUGGAAAGAAGAUUUGCUUCUGGAUGGCCAUCACCGUCUUCCACCCAAGCUCCAGAAAGAGGCUUCUAGCAGAAGACAGAUUGGUGAUGAAUGUCAAGCAGGAUUGAACCCUGAAUUCCAAACUCUACUGGCACUUCAGUCUGGAGUAAAUCAAGAAGAAGACAAGAAAGAGCGGCAAAAGCAGUACCUGAGAUAUAGACGAUUGUUCAUGGAUAUUGAAAGAGAACAGGUGAAAGAACAACAAAGACAAAAUGAACAUAGGAAAAAAAUUGAAAAAAUUAAGAAAAAGAAAGAGCAGCAACGUUAUGCUGAAGAGCAGAGGAUAUUAAGAAUGAAUUUUCAUGAAGAGCCGUAUUCAGGGGAGAAGAUGAGUGAGAUAUUAGCCCAGCUACAACUUGAAGAAAUAAAAGGAGCCAAAGAAAAACAACAGAAAGAAAAGGAAUACCAAAGAUAUGUAGAAGCUUUAAGAGCCCAGAUUCAGGAGAAAAUGCAGCUGUAUAAUAUUACUUUACCUCCACUGUGCUGCUGUGGUCCUGAUUUUUGGGAUGCUCAUCCUGAUACCUGUGCCAACAAUUGUAUUUUCUAUAAAAACCACAGAGCAUACACCCGGGCACUACAUUCAGUCAUCAAUUCCUGUGAUCUCCCUGAGGGGAACUCAACUCUUCGAGUUGCCAUUCGUAAUUUUGCUUCUGCAUGCAGACGGACUUUGAAAAAUCUGUAAUAAGAAUCUGAAAUCAACUGUUACUAUCCUAACCUUCAUUUAAAAUCAACCCUGAGAGAUUAUUUCAGAAAAGCUGUUAAAGUUUUUAAGGUGUGUAAUCUGGAAAGAAAGACUGUCCCACAUAACAGCUCUCUCUAUAAUUAGAUCGUAACCAUUGUUUCCCUCUGUGCUUGGGACCAAGAUUGACCGUUGGCUUACAGACUUGUCUCUUUGCUAUAAACCAUAUGGAGCAUAUUGUUUGAAAAAUGAUCAGCCAGGAGUUCCCACUGUGGUACUACUGACAUUGUCUCUGAGACAACACAGAUUUGAUCCCUGGCCCAGCACAGUGCUUUAAGGAUCUGGUGUGGCCACAACUGCAGCAUAGGUCACAGCUGUGGCUUGGAUUUGAUCCCUGGUCAGGGAACUUCCAUGUGCUGUGGGUGUGGUGGAAAAAGAGAAAAAUAAGUAAAAAUGAUUGGUCAGAAUGGAAAGAUUUCUUUCACUUUGCUCUGAUUGGAAGAGGUUAUAGAAAUCUUCGAGAUUAUCACAUUUAUUGUCUUUCUAUAACUGUAUCUUUCAAAUUGAAAAUAUUUGGAUAAAGCAGAAAAGAUGAUAAAACGAAUUUCUGAGCAUUAGUGGCCAUCUAUAUUGCUGUAAACUUUUCUAGUUGUAUAUAACAAUAAUAGAUGAGAACAAUCCUAAUUUGAUGCAUUUUUUCUCAAAAUUUUUUCUCUUAUUUUUUAAUUUAUUUCUGCCUAUUCAGGAGCAAUGGACAUAGGACUUUUAAAUGUCUAAUUUUUAGUGCCUCCCCCAAAGCGAAAUAAACUCUGUCUUUGGGGCAUCUUUUAUGUGAAAUAAUUGUGAGUGACAUUUCAGAAAGUGAAUGUGAAGUCAAAGUGAGUAAAAUCCCAACUUACUUCCCUGUCUUUUAAAAAUCUAGUGAAUGCCAAAUCUACAGAGCAGAUGAAAUAAAAAUUACUAUAGUUCAUAUAAAUUUGUUAUUUCUUCACACAUUAUAUCAUGAUAUAUGAAAAGGUUUAAUAUUGAAUUAAAGAUAGGUACUGACAUUUUCGUUUGAAGAAGCACUUAAGUUAUGUCUCAAAAAACACCUAAGCAUCUAGCCAGGUCAUUCAAAAUAAGAGUCAAAGUUACCUGUGUGACGAGAUUGACUGGUUAUUUAACUAGAUUAAUUAUCCAGUUCAGUCAAAAUCCUUAUGUAACUAUAUCCUUGAUUUAGCCUUUCAGAGUUGUGUUUUUAAUAGCUUCAUUGGGAUAUAAUUCAUAUACCAUUUGGUUCACCCAUUUGAAAUGUACAAUUCAGUGGCUUUUGGUACAUUCUUGGGCUGUACAACCAUCACUACUAUCAAAUUUUGGAACACUUUUGUCACUCUAAAGAGAUGCCCCUACGAUCCAGCAAUCCCACUUGUGGGUAUAUACCCCAAAUAAUUGAAAGCAUGAUUUUCAGCAGAUAUCUACACACCAUGUUCAUAGGUGGCAUUAUUCACAAUACCCAAGAGGUGGGAGCAACGUAAGUAUUCAUCAAGAGAUGAUUGGAUAUACAGUGGAAUAUUAUCCAGCCCUAAAAAGGAAAGAAAUCCUGUCAUGUGCUACAACAUGGAUAAGCCUUGAGGACAUUAUGUUAAGUAAGCUAGUAACAAAAAGGCAGAUACUGUUUGAUUCCUCUCACAUGAGGAAACUAGAAUAGUCAAAUUCAUGGAGAUAGAAAAUAGAAUGUUGGUUGCCAGGGUCUGGGAGGGGAGAGAAAUGGGAAGCUGUUUAAUGAGUAGACUUUCAGUUUUACAAGAUAACAAGUUUCAGAGGUCUGUUUCACAACAAUGUGAAUAUAGUUAACACUACUAAAAAAUAUACUUAGAAAUGGUUACAAUGGUAAAUUUUAGAUUACGUGGGGUUUUUUUAAACCACAAUUAAAAUUUUUGUAAUAUAGAAAAGAAAAAUUCCAUACCCAUUAGCAUUUGUCUCCAAUUCCCUUGGCAAUCACCAAUCUACUUUCUGUCUCUAUCCAUUUGCCUAUUUUGGACUUUUCACAUAAGUUGGAAAAUAUAUGAUCUUUUGUGACUAGAAUCUUUCAUUUAGUAUAAUGGUUUUAAGAUUUAUCCAUAUUAUAGUGUGUACCAAUACUUCAUUGCUUUUUAUUGCUGAAUAAUAUUCCACCCUAUGGAUAUAUCACAUUUUAUUUACCUGUCAUCAGUUUAUGUACAUUUGGGCUGUUUCUACUAAUUAACUAUUAUGAAAAAUGCUGCUAUGAGCAAUUGUUUACAUUUUUUUCAGUGAAUAUCUGUUUUCUUUUCUCUUGGGUACAUACCCAGGAGGGUGUUUGCUGAGUCAUAUGAUGGCUCUGCAUUAAACAUUUUGAGGAACUAAAAACUGUUUUCCAAAGUGGCUACAUGAUUUUACAUUCCCACCAACUGUGUAUAAGGGUUCAGAUUCUUCACAUCCUCCAAUUUUUGUGAUUAUCUGUUUCUUUAAUUAUAGUCAGCCUACUGGCUAUGAAGUGGUAUCUCAUUUUGGUUUUAAUUUGCAUUUUCCUGAUGGCUGAUGAUUCUGAGCAUCUUUUCAUGUGGUUAUUAGCCACCUGUAUAACUUCUUUGGAUAACUGUCUUUUCAGAUCCUUUGCCAUUUUGUAAUUAGAUUAUCUUUUGAUUAUUGA